AUGCGGUACAUUUUGAUAUCAUUUGCGCUUUUCACUCUCGCACAAGGACAACUCUUUGAAAGCAAAAGAAAAUAUCCAACCGCUCAGGAUCUCCCGUUUUUGAAGUAUGCCUCAACACAGACAAAGAAAGAUGUUUUUGAAGUAAUCGGAGAGCGUCAACUUUCAAUGGAUGAAAAGGAAGAUAUUAUUGCGGAUAUUGUCGCAAAAGACACUGAACAAGUGAAGAAAGAUUUUGAGAAAUUUCGAAACGAGGUUCGAUCUAGACGAGAGAAAAAGGAGAGAGCUAUUUUGGCGGCUCGAGGUCGAAUGAGUGAUCAAGCAGCUGUUGCUGAUGAGUAUAUCGAGGGGAUUGUUAGAAACGGAGAUCUGAAUCCGGUUGAGAAGAAAAAGAUGAUUGGCGACAUAAUGAAUGGAUUAGCGGAAAAUGUGCGUCGAGAGCUGUACAAAGUGCAUGUUGGCUUGAAGAAAGUGAUGAAGAGAGCGCUGAAAAAUAUCAAGCGAAAGAAGGGGAAAUCGGAUGAUCAGACAGCAUUGGAGAUCAAGAGCAUCAGCUUCACAAACGACGACGACUUCAUUCAACUU